AGAAGAAAGAAAAAAAAUAAAGUUACCAAAAAAGGGUGGUACACGUCAUACUGCCUUACAUAUAAUUUCCUUUUUUUUUUUCUGCUUGUUUCUUUCAUUUUGUAAUCAUGUCUUCUACUAUCAACGUCAACGUCAAAGCUUCAGGCGAUAAAAAGUUUGUUAUUACCAUUGAUCCAAGCAAGAGUGUGCUUGAGUUCAAAGAGAUGAUUGCUGAAAAGACAGAUGUACCUGCCGAAAGACAAAGACUCAUCUAUUCUGGUCGUGUAUUGAAAGACAAUGAUACUUUGUCCGAUUGCAAAAUUGGAGACGGCAAUACCGUCCACAUGGUAAAGGGAUCGCAACCAGGUGCACCUAAAGCAAGCAGUACACCUGCUGCUGCUGCUCCAACAACAACAACAACCACAACAGCCAGUGCACCACAAACAAAUGACAACAAUACCAACACACAAUCUAUUCCAAACAAUCCGUUUGCAGGAUUAGCAGGCAUGCCUGCCGAUUCUCAAAGCAAUCCUUUUAAUCUAUUCGGUUCUGGCUUCGGAGCAGGUGCGAUGGGCAACAGCUUUGGAAGUCUACUUGAUCCCAACAUGGCCAACCAGAUGCUUCAGAACCCCAUGUUUGCACAAUACAUGUCAAGUGUACUUCAAAAUCCUGCUGUUUUAGAUUCUAUCAUUCAAACUAAUCCUCAAUUAUCAAAUAUGGGACCAGAGAUCAGACAGAUGUUGCAAUCACCUGAAUUCAGACAAAUGUUAUCCAAUCCAGACAUGAUUCGUCAAAUGGCUACCAUGGCUUCCAUGUUUGGAGGAGCUAAUCCUGCUAGUCAGCAACCUGCGGCAGAAAAUCCAUUUGCUGGUCUUGGCAGUGGUGUACCUCCUGUGGAUCCUCAGUUACAACAACGUAUGGCAGCCUUAUUUGGAGGUAAUAAUAAUACCAAUACUCAAGUGGAUACACGUCCACCUGAGGAGCGCUUCCAGGUUCAGUUGCAACAAUUGAACGAAAUGGGAUUUUGGGAUGCAGCAAAGAAUAUUCGAGCCUUGAUAGCAACAGGAGGCAAUGUGAAUGCUGCUAUUGAGUUACUGUUUAGUGGCAACAUUUAGAUUAAUUGUGUUUUUUUUAUAAAUAAACUAUAAAAGGAGAGAAAGUCAUCUGCCUUCUUAUCCACACGAGUUUUAGCCCUCCCUUUAUUUUUCUGUAAAUAUCCUUUUUAUUAUUAACUCGUACGAAAUAGAUUGACGAGUAAAUUUCUGAAUUGUUGAAAAAGAACAUCCUGUUGACUUACAUCAUCCAUGUGAUUUGAAAUGGGAGGCAGGAUAAAUUCG